AGGUGUACUGAAAGCAGCGCCCGCUAAUCUGAAAACUCAUUCACCAUGGGCUGUAUCCUUAUCAAGCUAGCCGCUGGCUUUACGCGCUAACCAGCGGCAUGUGUACUGAAUUAGUAACUCGGUAUUAACAUAAUUUGUACGGCUGUAAAAGUAUUUUUUAUCCGAAAUAUCUGCUGGUGAAAAUUUCCUACUGAAAGGACACUUUCCUGGCUGGUGCAGUGGCUACUAACGUCUCGUGUUAUGGGAGAGACACGGAGGUCAGACGGGCGGUGGGCUGUCAACAGUAAUGUCCGAAUAAAACGAGCCUGUCGCCGCUUUGACAACUGUCUGUUGAUACUGUAGCACCGAUCAACUUGAAUUUGAAUCAUGCCUGGGAAACUGAAGGCCAAAAUUGUGGCAGGGCGCCACUUGCCUGUGAUGGACCGAGCCAGUGACCUUACUGAUGCUUUUGUAGAGGUAAAGUUUGGAAACACAACCUUCAAAACGGAUGUCUGCCCCAAAUCCCUCAACCCACAGUGGAACUCAGAAUGGUUUAAAUUUGAGGUUGAUGAUGAAGAUUUGCAGGAUGAACCAUUGCAGAUCACAGUGUUGGACCAUGACACAUACAGUGCUAACGAUGCCAUAGGGAAAGUUUACAUUGACAUUGACCCGCUGCUGUGCAGUGAGGCUGCGUCUGUCAUCUCCGGCUGGUUUCCCAUCUAUGAUACUAUCCACGGUAUCCGAGGGGAGAUCAAUGUUCUCGUUAAAGUGGAGCUCUUCAAUGAUUUGAAUCGCUUCAGACAGUCUUCCUGUGGGGUCAAGUUCUUCUGCACCACAUCAAUUCCACGGUGUUACCGUGCAGCAAUGGUGCAUGGGUUUGUGGAGGAACUUGUGGUGAAUGAAGAUCCAGAAUACCAGUGGAUCGACCGUAUUAGAACUCCUCGGGCCUCCAAUGAGGCUCGACAGAGACUCAUCUCUCUCAUGUCUGGAGAGCUGCAGAGGAAAAUAGGGCUUAAAGUGCUGGAGAUGGGUGGGAAUGCAGUGGUGGGCUACUUGCAGUGUUUCGAUCUGGAGGGAGAGUCGGGCCUGGUGGUGCGGGCCAUAGGUACCGCCUGCACACUGGACAAACUCAGCUCCGGAAGUGCUCCCAACACCAACACACACGUGCACCCUAACACAGCCCCUGCUUCCAAUGCCUGCAAUUCCCCUUCAAAGGACGGAAAGGAGCCGGUAUUUGGUGAGGACCUGCCCUCGUUCUCCGGCCCGCCUACCCCUUUCAGAGCCCUUCCCACCUCCUCCUCCUCUCCUCCCCCCUUCUCUCCCUCCAAGCCAUGCAGCCGCCAGUCCUCAUCAUCAGACACAGACCUCAGUUUGACGCCCAAGACGGAAGAGCCCCUGCCAGUGAGAUGCAGGCCUGGGAUCUUCCUCUGCCCCAGCUCCCCCACCCUUUCCACAGACACUCUGUCCCUUCCUGGUUCUGGCUCAGUGGGCUGUGGUCACGGCUCUGCCCCCAGAGCCACCACCCCGCCCCCUCACUCCUCCGUCCGCUCAGACUCUGCCUUGUUGAGAAAGAGCGUGUCCUUCACCGAGGACCUGCUGCUGGCAGCCUCCGGAAUGGGCAGCGGGGGCAGCGCUGGGAAGGAGGCAGGGCCUCUGAAGACCCUUCUCAGACAACAGACACAGACAGCUCUCGAACAGCGGGAGUUUCCCUUCUUCACUUUGACGUCCUUCCCACCUGGUUUUCUGGUCCACGUCGGAGGAGUGGUCAGUGCUCGCUCCGUCAAACUGCUGGACCGCAUACACAACCCUGAUGAGCCAGAGACUCGCGAUGCCUGGUGGGAGGAGAUUCGUCAGGAGAUCAAAUCUCAUGCCAAAGCUCUUGGUUGCCAUGCUGUCGUGGGGUACAGUGAGAGCACUAGCAUCUGUGAGGAGGUGUGCAUCCUGUCGGCAUCGGGGACAGCAGCCAUCCUGAAUCCUCGAUAUAUGCGUGAAGGCUGCCUAGACAUCGGAAGCACAGAUCACAGGUUUGAGGAGCCAUCUCCUCCAAGCUGUGGUUUCUGUCAUAUCCCGUAUGAUGAGCUCAACAUGCCGUUUCCCGCCCAGCUCACAUACUGUUACCACUGCAGGCGACAAAAGGUUCCUGAUGUGCUAUUCACAACAAUCGACAUGCCACCAGAAGCAGCUGUUACAGGGAAGGGCUGCCUUAUCCAGGCUAGGCUGUGUCGUCUGAAGAAGAAAGCCCAGGGUGAAGUGAAUGCGACAGCCAUCUCCAACUUGCUGCCUUUUAUGGAAUACGAGCUGCACACUCAGCUGAUGAACAAACUGAAGCUGCGGAGCAUGAACGCUCUCUUUGGACUGCACAUACAGAUCAGUGUCGGCGAGAACAUGCUUCUGGGUUUGGCUUCUGCGACAGGAGUGUACCUGACAGCACUGCCAGCACCAGGGGGCAUUCAGAUUGCAGGGAAGACUCCCGGCGAUCUGAGCAAUGAGCACCACAUCCUUACCAUCCAGAAAAGGAUCAACGACACCAUAACCAAGAACAAAGAGCUUUAUCAAAUAAACCCUCCGGAACUGACGGAGGAGGUGGUCGGUUCUCCAAUUCCUGAGCCGAGGCAACGAUCCAGACUUUUUCGCUCCCACUCAGAGAGCUCAGAUGAACUGUCAGAACUGGACCUCUCGCAUGGCAAGAAGGAUGCCUUCGUCCUGGAGAUUGAUGACACUGAUGCUGUGGAAGACAUCCACUCCCUCCUGACUGAUGCCCCUCCCCCCACAGGUUUCUACAGCUGCAACACUGAGAUCAUGCCUGGGAUUUACAACUGGACAACAGGAGUGCAGAUGUUUACAUCGGUGAGGGUCUUUAGGUUGAGUAAUGCCAAUCUUACCAAUCAAGGCUUGAACAAGAUCUUCACCGACCUAUGUGAGAAUCUGCUGAAGAGUUUUUACUUCAAGUUGCGCUCCAUGAUCCCCUGCUGUCUUUGUCAUCUCAACUUCACUGUAGCAGUGCCAGAAGAAGAGCUCAUACAGGUCGCAGUGACUGCAGUUGCCAUGACGUUUGAUAAAGACCAGACUCAGGAGAAGCCAGCAGACAAGCCUGUCACCAAAGGGUGCAGUGAGACUGAGGAGCAGCUGCAGUUUCCCUUGGAGUUGUGCGCAGACUCGUCAUCCAUCACCACUCAGACAUCAUCCAAAAUCUCAGGUGUUCCAGAGAGUACCAACGUCUCACCCAGAGUCUCAUCUUUAGAGCGCUCCAGUCCGCUGCCCGAGGGACGUUCCCGCUCGCUGCGCUCCAACCGCUCGUUUGGGGGCAGUUCAGUCCCCGUGGUGAAAAUGACACCGCUCUCCUUCCUCCCUGGCACGCGCAUCAUUAAAUACCUUGGGAUCAUCAACAUGUUUUUUAUCAGAGAGACAACAUCACUGCGGGAGGAAGGUGGUGUCAGUGGCUUCCUGCAUUCGUUCAUAGCGGAGGUGUUUGCAAUGGUCCGAGCUCACGUAGCAGCCCUGGGUGGUAAUGCAGUAGUGUCCUACAGCAUGAAAGAGUGUGUGUUAAUGGAAAAUCCAAACAAGAACCAGGCUCAGUGUCUCAUCAAUGUGAGCGGUGAUGCUGUCAUCUGUGUCAUAGAAACAGACCAGGAGUCCAUGCCCUCAACGAUAAAUGUUGUACAGACCUGUAGUAGCGGAGCCGAUGGGGCUACAUGACAGUGUGUUCACUCAGACUGUGUUUCCUGCAGACAGAGUGAGGCUCUGUGUUUCACUGAGUCUAGCCGUCCAAGUAUGAGUCAUUCAUGUCUGCCUUAAAACUCUGUAAAAGAUCCAAAGGUUUGGACACAGGUAAUAAAGAGCGAGUACUCACACACGUUCAGAAACAUGCAGUCUGUAUUAAUAUACAAGUGCAGGAUGUUUCUCUGUAUAUUUUUCUGUUUUAAUACAGCAUCUGUGCACGAGAUACUGAUGUAGCGCUUUAAGAAUUUGGUAAACUGAGAGUAUUUCAAAACUUUUUGGUUAAAACAACAGCCAAAGACCCCCUCUGCAUUGAACUUUUGCUCUUGCAUCACAGCCAUUCAUAUUGUGGUCACCCACAGCUACAGUAUAUUGGCCAUCCCCUUGUGUGUGGGCAUGAGAGACACGUGAGGCAGCUAUGACUAAUUUGUCCAUCCACAGAUCACAGGAGUCAUUAAAUGGCCAUGACAAAAGGGACACAGUUACAUACCAUCAAAUGAAUAAAAUGCAGUCAGAUUCUCCCUCAGUGUUAUGUUCUGUUUCGAGUAACAUGCAGAUUAAAGGCCCAUCUGUCCAUCUCAGACUUGGCAGAUGAAGGCUUUGUCAGGCAUUAGUAUUUAAAUGUCAACAAGGCUUCCUAAUAAAUAGUCUGGAAUAUGGGUUUUGAGGUUAAAAUCCAAAUAACCGGGGUAAACCUGUGAUGCCAAUUUGUUAUAAUUAUCUAAUAAUUAAUUGAUGUCCAAUUUUAAUGUCUAAAUUUGUUUUGCGUCUUGAUUAAAUUUUGCUGAUGGAUAAUCUUUCUAAUCAUUGUCACAGUAUUGCUCACUCACAGUAUCUUAUUGAUAAUCAAAUUUCCUCAGUAAGUGUCAAAUAAUGAUGCCACAGAUUACAGCCUUGUUUUUAUUUCCGGGAGUGACUCAAGUUACGCGCAUCUAUUACAAACAAGCCAUGAUUACAGAGAAUUCUCCUCCUAGAACUGCUGUUAUCAUGUAUUCCAGUUACUUUUUUACAAAUUAAAAUUGUGUUUUUUAUGGCUUAAAAUGGUAAAAGUUAAUGGAAUAAUGUGUAUGCCUUUUUUCACUUACAUGUGGCGUAGACAAACAGGGAUGGGUAUAAAUGGAACAGACAUGCAUUCUUAGUCAUAUAAUGUGGCCCUUUGGGGUCUUGCAGGGAUAUUUCAGAGGAUAGGGUUAGAGUUAGGGUUAAGUCUUGGAAAUAAUUUUGACUGAAUUACAUCUUAAGUGGUGUGUGUUUAAGCAGGUGUUGCUUCACUUGCAGCUCUAGGAUCAGUUCCUCCUCAUUGAUGCUUCUUGCUUUUAGUGUCAAAUUUCAUAUCCCUUUGCCAAGCCUCAUCGCUGUUGCUUUCAUGUUCCAAAUAAUAGUCGCGCUACUGAUCCGUCCACCUCUGACAUUCGUGUCCAAUGCUGGAAAAAAAAGCAUCUUCUUAUGUAGGUACCACCUAAAAAUAAACUGUGUAAAUGUUCUUUAAAAUCAGAUUUUAGUAUUUUUGUAACAUAAAAUUUAUGAAACCUAAUGCUCAUAUUGCUGGUGCAAUGAAUUCCUGAUGUUUUGACUCGCUGUGUCAGAAUUAGUGGUACUCUAAUCUGUUUGUGUUAUCAGCAGUUUGUGAUCAGUUUCCUAUAUUUUGUGUCUAAAACUUGAAUGUACAUACUUCGAUGCUUUGGCUUUCUGACUUGCAGCAUGCAGACCCACCUUUUAUUGCCAUGAAUCUGUAUGCUCGCCUGAUAAGUCUUGCACAAUAAACUCAGCCAAACCAAGGUA